AUGGCCAACGGUUAUCUUGAAGCGGGCUACGGCCUGCAGCUUGUGGCCAACUACUGGAUCGAAAAGGCCCAAAUGGGCAAAGAGAACUUGGAGCUUGCGGGCAAAGCCCUCCAGAAGAUCCGAGCGAUGCAGGCUGCUCGCAUGCUCGUUGACAUGGUCAGCGUUGACUCCCCCAAGAAGACGGUUGCCGAGACCGGCGCUUCUACCAUCAACGGCGUCACCCCAACUGCGGCGGACAUCAAAUUGAUCUAUGCCCUGAUUACGAGCUUCAACUCGAAGCCCGAUGUUGACUGGGACAACGUUACUACCGCCACUAGUAGUAAUAGUGCGAAGAGUUAA